AUACAUUGAAAAUAUUACGUGAAAGUGAGCCUAGCCCACAUGGGAUGGGUACUAGGUGGACCCUAUGUUUCAGCCCUGGCCAGCUCUGGGCUGGCUGUAACCAGCAGAAGCACUGAAAGAAUCUGGAGGUGUUUUCUGAAACCAAAGGAAGAGUCGCUCUUCCUCCUCUGCACUAGCCGGGAGCCCUCCCUCCCAGGGAAAGCAGAGCGCACCAGCAGUAGCUUUGUGGGCACUAGAACAACCACCUCUUCCACUCGGCUCCUGCCAAGGAGCGGCUCCUGCCUGCAGGGGGGCCCCGCCCAGUCUCGCAGCUCGUCCCAGCCUACCCAGCCCAGUACUCUGCCGCCCGCGGGAUCGCUCUGUCCUCCCUGCCCGGGUCCGGAGGGCGUCCCGGAAGCGAUGGAGGUGCUGGUGCUGGCCGGGUACCGCGCGCAGAAGGAGGGUGAGCUGAGCCUGGCGCCGGGGGACGUGGUCCGGCAGGUGUGCCAGGGCCCCGCGCGGGGCUGGCUGCGCGGGGAGCUGGGGGGCCACUGCGGCUUCUUCCCGGAGCGCCUGGUGCAGGAGAUCCCGGAGGCUCUGCGCGGCGCGGGAGAGGCGCCGAGACCACGCCGUGCGCGCAGCCGAGGUCGCCCCGCCAAAUCUCGGAGCUCCCAAAAAUGGUGCAAAGUGAACUUCAGCUACAGCCCGGAGCAGGCAGACGAGCUGAAGUUGCAAGCUGGGGAGAUUGUGGAAGUGAUUAAGGAGAUUGAGGACGGCUGGUGGCUGGGAAAGAAGAAUGGGCAGCUGGGAGCCUUUCCAUCCAACUUCGUGGAGUUGCUGGAGGACAGUGGGCCCCCAAGCCUUGAUAACCCAGGCAUGCCUUCAAUCUUCCUUGAUCCCAAGCAACCGCCCAAGAUGAACAGCCUGACCUGUGACAACCCUCCAGACUUCCUUCGGUCAGUCUUCUACCCUGAGACCUAUAGGGCCCUGUUUGACUACCAGCCGGAGGCCCCAGAUGAGUUGGCACUGCGGAGGGGGGACGAGGUGAAGGUGCUGAGGAAGGUCACAGACGAUGAGGGCUGGUGGGAAGGAGAGUCUCAAGGCAAAAGAGGAGUUUUCCCAGACAACUUUGUGCUCCCACCCCCCCCAAUCAAGAAGCUGCUCCCACGAAAAAUGGUAUCGCAAGAUUCAGCUCUUAUUAAGGAAUCAAGAAAGAUGAUGCCCAGAACAGCCCUCCCUGCAGUCAAGAAGCUGCCUGGGCCCAGCAAAGCCAGGCCCCCUGGUGGAGAUGGUCAGAAGCGCCCCACCCGAGACUUGGCCACCAGUAGCAGCCACUUGGGUGGGGUUCCAUCCCAAAUUGGCAGAAAGCGAUCCAGAACCCAGGCUUCCCGGCAGCGACCUGCAAACACUCAGGAGGAAGAGCGGAAAAGCCGAGCAAAGGCCCCCCCUGGGAACAAAACGGCUACACCGGGCAAGACACUCGCCCCAAAGAAGACCCCGCCUGCACGCAAGGCCCCCAGCCCAGAAGGGGACUUUCCUGCGUACGAGGUCCCUGCUCUAGUUGUCUUACCUGAAGACGAAGCCCUUUCCUCAAAGCUCGUUUCUUCUGGAGACGAGGCUUCGUCCGUGGAAAAGGCCUUGACCUUUGAGCAGAUGCUCUCUGAAGAGACCUCUUCUGGGGACAACACUCAGAUCCGUCCCUUUCCGGAAGCAGCCCCGUCCAAGUCCAAGUCCAAGACCAAGUGUGUGGCCCAUAAGUCAGAGGUAUCCCUCCUCGAUAAGAAGGACAGCUCUGCGCUCCCGUUGGAGGCUAGGUCAGGGCCCCUCGAGAAUCCGGCCCAACCCUUGGAAGAGCCCCACACCCUCCAGGAGAAGAUUCCUUCGAAGGAGGAAACGACCCCCAAAGAGGAGGCCUCCCCCAAAAAGGUAGCCUCUGCUCAAAAGCAUCCACAUCCCACCAAGCCGGCUCCAGCCCCUCAAGGCACUCCCACCCUUCCUUCCCGGCUCUCACUAAGUCCCAGGCUCAGCAAAACUGACAAGGAGGAGAUGACGAGGCUACACGAGGAGGUGACGAGGCUACAGGAGGAGGUGGAGUCCCUGAGGAAGGACCUGGAGCGGAUAGGGGAGCAUCUGGAAAGUAAGCUCCUGGACCUCUGGGAGGAACUGAAGAGCGAGAGGGAGAGGCGCCGGGUGCUGGAGGUGGGUGCUGUGCGAACCCCCGGAUCCCGGCAGGAAGGGGGCUGGGGCGGGCCCUCCCUGACGCCAGGUUCUCCCCACCAGGUUCAGGUGAACCAGAGGACCGCCGCGGAAUUCCUGACCCCGAGCCCCAGCCCCUCGCAGUCGCAGUAAGGUGGAGCCUGGAGGGAAGGCGGCCUCCGGGCACCCACGUCCUGGCACACCACUUUGGGAAAGCCUAGAGAGAAAGUAAACUUUGCUGUGUUCGCUC